CGAUCCUAGGCCCAUCGGUUUGUUAUUUUCUCAUCGCUAGAAUUGAGCUACCUGAACCGUAUAAAACAUGUCGAAAGUGAUUCGUCGUGAUAUUUCCCCGAUGUUGCAGGAGCUACGCAACUUCCUACUUGGCAGGAAGCAUAAUAAUGCCCUUCGUUUUGAAGAUGGAAUUGCGGCCAGAACUCAACCACCACCCAAUCUGCCUGACGGACCCGCUCACAAACUGUCUGCCAACCACUACGUUGUACGUGAUGCUCGUCGUGAAGUUGCCCCGCCAAUGGAUUUAACGUCCCAAAAACUUCUGACGGAGAAGGGAUCGGCCGCAAAGCUGCCUACCCCUGGAAAGUCCUACGGAUGGGACAAACAUUGAUUGUUGAGUGCAUAGAAAAUUGUUGUGAUGAUGUGAGAUAAUAGAAAGCAGUGUUCGUAUCAAGUAUCGCUUGGAAACAAAAGGCCUCCGCUGUUUUCCUUAAAUAAAGCGAUGUGCCCUUACCAAACACAUCGUAGUUUCCUUUGCAAACGUGUUUUUUACAGCAUGAAAAUGAAUUGAAAGCACGAACAUA